CGUAGUCGGAGUGAGUAUACAAUUAAAGAUGGAAGGUUUUCAGCAUACAAGGGGCAGUGAAACAGGCUUUACAAAUGGCUACCACAGUCAUUGCGACAACGCGGGCACCAAUGGCAUAUCCCAUUGGGAACAUGUCUUAGUGACGGGCGGUGCAGGCUACCUAGGCAGCACGUUGGUCCCACUGUUGCUAGGUAGCGGGUAUCACGUCACCGUGUACGACUCGUUCCGGUGGGGAGCCAGCUCGCUGCUGCAUUUAGCCGACAAUCCGCACCUCAGGAUUGUUCGUGGGGAUGUAUUGGACCGGGCUCAUCUCAAGAAGAACAUACAAAAGUGUGACGCGGUCGUUCAUCUCGCCGCUAUUGUGGGAUACCCGGCAUGUGAGCGCUCUCCGGAGCUGGCAAAGCAGGUCAACGAGCAAGGCACAAGAAACGUCGUGGAGCUCAUGGAGACAGAUCAGAAGCUGAUCUAUGCAUCUACUGGAUCCUGUUAUGGUGCUGUUGUCGAUGGUCUCUGCACCGAAGACACGCCAAUCAGUCCGCUCACCUUGUAUGGAAGCACUAAAGCGAGUGGCGAGAGUGUGGCUUUACAGGCUGGAGCCGUUUGUUUACGUCUUGCAACCGUGUUUGGCGUUGCCCCACGACUACGCUUGGACCUGCUUGUAAACGAUCUUACAAACAAAGCCCUGACGUUGAAGCAUUUUGAUGUUUACGAAGGGCAUUUCCGUCGCACUUUUUUGCACGUUAAAGACGCUGCUCGAGCUUUUCUUUUCGCUUUGAAGAACUUUAAACGAAUGAGAAACGAUGUCUUUAAUGUCGGUGACGAAUGCAUGAACAUGUCGAAAAUUGACGUCGCUCAUGUCAUUCAAACUCGCGUGAAAAACUGCAAGAUUACGAAGUCAUCGAACGGCCAGGAUAAAGACAAGAGGAACUAUGAGGUUUCCUAUGAGAAGAUAAGGCGUCUUGGUUAUCAAUCGACGAUAAGUGUCGAGGAAGGUGUGGAUGAACUACUGAAAGUUUUACCGUGUUUAUCAGAGGAUGAGAUUUCCCGCGCUAGAAAUGUCUCCAACUGAAACUGGCCUAAAAAUGAAAAGUAGGAUUUAGCAUAAUAGUACAAUUUAUUAUUAUUAUGUAUUAACAUACUAUAAUGAAUUGUUUAUAAAUUCAAGCUAAUAAAAAGUAUGCUAUACAUUAAAUUUAGAUUAAUAUUAUUGCUAAACAUUAAAAAACAAUGUCAAUGACCAAAAUGUUAAACGUUCUCUCUGAAUUUUAUUUUACUGAACUCCAUGUUCAAGGUUAUUUGGGAAUAAAUGUUACUGUACAUUUGUGACAUGCAUAUGAUAUGAUGGUUCCUGAUAGUAUUGUGUUUUAAUAUAA